UAGACACACAGGGAGGAUGCAGGUCUGCUGUCUAAAGAUGAGGCUUGUGGCUCUGGUCGUGGUGUGCGGACUGAUGCUGGGUCACGAUGGAGGAAGUCUGGCUGCAGCUCUGCCAGGAUUUGACUCUGAACAGAGGACACAAGGAAGAGCAUCAGUCCUCUCUGCUCUGAGGAGAAGCUCUGCAGAUUAUCUGGAGGAUCCUAACCUUUGUUUCAGCCUGAGAGAGAACGAUGACCAGAGGCAGCUCCUGUGCAACGACCGCAGGAGCAAUUUCAACUUCAACCCGUUUGGCCUCCGCUUUGGGAAACGCUACAACGGCUACAUCUACAGAAGAGCUGUUAAAAGAGCCAGGACUGAUCAAUUUACACCUGUUUCUCUGUUUCCACGGGAACUGGAGGUGCCUACCUGAAGCAUGAGUGACUUCUGCUGAAAAAUCAACCUGUGUGUUUGAAGGCCUUUUACUUCAUAACUAAUGAUGUUUCCCUCAAUAAAACUUUUGUACCUACCUGUA